AUGGCCCCGUCGGGGGGCCGGCGCUGGGGCUGCCGCGGCUGCCGCCGGGCCCUGGCCUGGCUGCCCGUGCUGAUCAUCGGCCUCGUGGUGGGCUGGGCCUACUACGCCUACGUCUUCGAGCUGUGCGUUGUGACUGUGACCAACCCAAUUGAAAAAGCUAUCUACCUCACCACAUUCCACGCCAUCUUUGUGCUUUUUGCCUGGACCUACUGGAAGUCUAUUUUUACCCUGCCUAGCCAGCCAAACAAAAAGUUCCACAUGACGUAUGCAGACAAGGAGCGCUAUGAAAACGAAGAGAGACCAGAAGCCCAGAGGCAGAUUCUUGCCGAAAUGGCCAAGAAGCUACCGGUAUAUACGAGAACCGGGAGUGGAGCCGUGAGAUUCUGUGACCGGUGUCAGCUCGUCAAACCGGACCGCUGCCAUCACUGUUCCGUCUGUGCCACGUGUGUGUUAAAAAUGGAUCAUCACUGCCCUUGGGUGAACAACUGUGUCGGCUUUUCCAACUACAAAUUCUUCCUUCAGUUCUUAGCCUACUCUGUGCUCUUCUGCCUGUACAUAGCAACAACCGUCUUCCAAUAUUUCAUCAAAUACUGGACGGGGGAAUUACCUAGUGUUCGCUCCAAGUUCCACGUCCUCUUUCUCCUCUUCGUGGCCUGCAUGUUCUUCGUCAGCCUCAUGAUCCUCUUUGGGUACCACUGCUGGCUCGUCAGCAGGAACAGAACAACCUUGGAAGCCUUCUCCACUCCAGUGUUUCUGAACGGACCAGACAAGAACGGCUUCAACCUCGGCUUCGCCAGGAACCUGCAGCAAGUGUUCGGGGAGGAAAAGAAACUCUGGUUACUUCCCAUCGCAUCCAGCCCCGGCGAUGGACAUUCCUUCCCUCUGAGGUCCGUCUGCGAGUCGCGCAACCCCUUGCUGGCCAAUGGGGAGCAGUGGGGGGACAACUGUUCUGACGAAGACAGCCGAGAUUAUCCGGAGGGCUCUUCGCUGACCAUCGAGAUGGAGACGUAGCCGGUGAGACGGGGCAGCCCCGAGGCAGGCUCCGCUCCGCCUUUCACCCGGGAACUCCUCGUCCUCGUCGUGGGGCUCGCCGGCCCCCGAGAUCCGGGAGCGGCUGUCUUUGGAAACGAGGCUCCCCGGAGGGAAUCCGGGCCGGAUGGAAACCGUCCCCAGCCGGAGAUACCUGCCAUGCAGCUGUUUCGGGACUCAGGCCCGCGUCCUUUUUAAACGGGCCGACUCGUCUAGGUGGCUCGAUAGCGACGAUUCGGGGCGGUCUCCCCGCGUCUCUUCUCCCCGCGGCCUACCUCCCCCCUCCACCGCAGCGCAACGAUGAAAGCGUCAGUGUAACGUAAACGCCUCCCUAGGCUCCUUCCGGCCACCCCGACUCCAGGUGACCUCCUCACAGCCUCCCAUGGCUACGGACGGGCCGGGAAACCUAACUCUACAAUGUGGGGGCAGAGAGGUGGGCUAGGAAGAUGGGUAAAGGGGUAGGGGGCGGGGGCGUGGGUGUCAACCCGCAUCUUUGAUCAGAUUUCCAAGUCAGCGUGGGACUGUCUACUCUCCUUACGGUUUUGUUCUGGCGAAUGACCGGCUGACGGGUCAGGAGCGCUGAUGCCUUUUUUCUUUCCGGGCAAGUUGGGGAGGCGGCCGCUUGCCGCCGUUAGCCUCUCGGUCUCUGGGACUCUGGCAGGCGCGUUCGGCCCCCGUCGCCAAGGCCGGAUGGGGAAUUAAGCCCCGAAGGGACGGAGUGCGGGGCAGGAGGACCUGUGGGAACCUGCCCAGGGGCUGCUCUUCUGACCGGCAGCGGGCUAGGGCCGGCGAGAGGGAGAGAGAUCUCUCCCACCCGGCGGCCGCCCGGGAACCGGAGGCCCCGGAGAGUGGACGGCGGAAGCGCUCGGGGAGCCGACGACCUCGAGGUGGGCUCCGCUCCUCGCCCGACCCGUCUCCGUCCCCUUCGUGGGCCGCCCGGCCCCGAGGCAGCGGAAGCGCGUCGAGGCGGAGCGCGGGCUCCCGACAUCCGAUCGCGGGUUGGAAGUCGAUUCUCGGGUUUUUGAAUUUUUCGGCCCGCGGCCCCAAGCACGGCCGGGAGAAUUUGCCCUCGGUGCGGGGGCCGAAAUGGGGGAGCCCGGGGGGUCGGUUAAUUUGUUUCUCGGAGAGACACGCGGAGGGCUUGCUGACAUAUGACCCCCGCCUCGCAGGUUACCGCUAAAGUGCCGAGCCCUGAGUGUUCGCCGGGAUGGGCGAGCCCGGGCCUACCCGGGGAAUUGAAGCGUAAAAACGCUCCUGAAUUUCGUGGGGCUUUCUGGGAGCCGGCUCAGUCGGCGGCUUGUUUCGGGCCAUCUGGGCCGGCGGUUGUGGUGCUAUUCGAUAAGAGCUUAUUCAGAACCAAGCACCGGCCUAAACAUCGGAGUAGAUACCUAAGGCGAUUAGAUGACAGCCGCUCUCUGUCCCAGCUGGGGCUAAAGUCUAAGAAGGAGAACGGGAAUUGAAUCCGGUGAGGACUCUGAGGCCCAGAGAA